GAAAAAAGACGGUUAUCUGCUGCAUCAACUCCAGGCUCAAGUCUAGAUACACGACUGCAUCACAGAUUGUGGAUGCUGUGUCACGUGAGGUAUUUAUUUACAUGACAAGAGUCUCGUCCCAGCGGCUGAGUAAUUAGAAGCACGUCACUAUACCGUGAGUAAACGCAGCUUUCGGGAGCAGCGCGUAGCGAGCUUUGCAAAUAGUACCAACUACCUUUUCAGCACUUUCAAAUUGUGUGGUUCACCCGUCUAUGCAACCGUUUAACAUCUUCAAGCUAUUCCUCAGAAUCUCUAUUGCUCCAAGUCUCGUCCCCCACUCUACCAUCCCAUCCCCCCGCUUCGGUAGAAUGACCCUCAGGACAAUGGCUACAACAACUCCCAAGCAACUGGACCCAGCCAAUGCCAAGCGCCAGAUCAACCUGAUACGUGGAUGGCCGGCACCACACACGCUGCCGGCCGAGCAUCUCCGGACCGCAGCGGACCGCAUGCUCACGGAACCCGACGUCUUCGUCCCAGGCCUGCAGUACGCCCCGGACCCGGGCUUUCAACCGCUGCGGGAGGAGCUCGCGCGCUUCAUGGCCCCGUACUACUACCACAGUCGGGGGCGCACGCCGGACCCGGCCCGCAUCUGCAUCACUGGCGGCGCCAGCCAGAACCUGGGCUGCGUGCUCAGCUCCUUUACGGACCCCGGCUUCACAAAGGCUGUCUGGGUCGUCGCGCCGUGCUAUCACCUCUCGAAUCCCAUCUUUGAAGAUGCAGGGUUCAGGGGACGUCUGAGAGCCGUUCCGGAGGAUGACGAGGGUAUUGAUCUGGAGUGGUUGGAGAGGGGUUUGAAGGAGUUUGGCUCUGAUGACCCAAGCGAGCCUGUCUUUAAAAACCUAGCCCCUUCACGUAAGGCAUACCGUCAUGUCAUCUACUGCGUGCCCACCAGCGCCAACCCCUCGGGCAAAACCAUGAGCGUGGCGCGGCGCGAGGGGCUGGUCCGGCUGGCGCGGGAGUAUGACGCGCUGGUGAUAAGCGACGACGUCUACGACUUUCUACAGUGGCCACUCGGGCAACAACGGCAGGGGUCCCCGCAGCAGCAGUACAUCCCUCCCCUGACGCCGCCGCCGCGCCUGGUCGACAUCGACCGAGACCUGACGGACAGUCUCGGUGCGAGCCGUUUCGACUCGGGCGGCUUCGGCCACACCGUGAGCAACGGUUCAUUCAGCAAGAUUAUCGCUCCCGGGGUGAGGACCGGCUGGGCCGAGGGCACUCCCGCCUUUGCCCUGGGGCUGGCCACAACGGGGAGCAACAAGAGUGGUGGCGCAGCAAGCCAGCUCGCCGCUGUGAUGAUUUGGGAGAUGAUACGCACCGGCGCCCUAGCGGCCCACAUAGACGGGACCGUACGCCCAGACUUGCAAAAGAGGCACGCCCUGCUGCUCAACGCCGUUCGGCAGCACCUCUCCCCGCUGGGCGUGACCUUUGAGGAGCCGAAGUCGACGUACGGUGGAUACUUUGUGUGGCUGACGCUGCCGGACAGCGGACCAUCGGCGAGCAUCGUAGCCAGCCGCGCGCUGCAGGACGAAAACUUGAUCCUCGCCGCCGGUAGCAUGUUCCAAGUCAAGGGCGAUGAGGAUGCGGUGCGGUUCCCACGGAACCUGAGGCUAUGCUUCUCCUGGGAGAACGAGGAUACCAUUGUUGAGGGCGUUGAGAGGCUGGCCGGUUUGCUUAAGCGAUUGCAGGACGAGCCGCCUGUGGAGGAGAAGGAUCAAGAUGAGCAAAAGUCGUUUGGGUUUGUGUAGAGCUGCUGACUGUCCGAGAAUAGAAAUAGAACAAGUCAUUGACAAAGUCCACAUCACGCUAUGAGACGCUCAAUUCCAGUUUGCCGUCGCUGAAAGGGGGUAUCUAUUUUUUUUUCUAAAUCACAGGACAGAGAAGAGAACAGAGAUCAGUUUUUCGAAGAAUGAUCUCCAGGCCAACAAA